AUGGCCUCAGCAUCUCUCCUCAAGUCAUCUCCUGUUCUUGACAAGUCCGAGUGGGUGAAGGGCCAGACCCUUCGCCAACCGUCCGUCUCGGUUGUCCGGUGCCACCCCACCGCCCCCUCGACCCUUACGGUCCGGGCUGCCUCUUCCUAUGCCGAUGAGCUUAUCAAGACAGCGAAAACUGUGGCUUCACCAGGGCGUGGAAUUCUGGCCAUGGACGAGUCGAACGCAACCUGUGGGAAACGUCUGGCUUCGAUCGGGCUCGAGAACACCGAAGCUAACCGUCAGGCUUACCGGACACUCCUCGUGACAGCUCCUGGCCUAGGCCAAUACAUCUCCGGUGCCAUCCUUUUUGAGGAGACUCUCUAUCAAUCCACCGUUGAUGGCAAGAAAAUAGUUGAUGUGCUUGUUGAGCAGGGCAUUGUCCCUGGCAUCAAAGUUGAUAAGGGUUUGGUGCCCCUAACUGGUUCAAAUAAUGAGUCCUGGUGCCAAGGUCUUGAUGGCCUUGCUUCCCGCACAGCUGCUUACUACCAACAGGGUGCUCGUUUUGCCAAAUGGCGUACCGUCGUGAGCAUUCCUAACGGCCCAUCUGCCUUGGCUGUGAAAGAAGCUGCCUGGGGUCUCGCUCGCUAUGCCAGCAUCUCUCAAGAUAAUGGGUUGGUCCCAAUUGUAGAGCCAGAAAUCUUGCUUGAUGGUGAACAUGGAAUUGAGAGGACUUUUGAAGUUGCCCAGAAGGUUUGGGCUGAGGUUUUCUUUUACUUGGCAGAAAAUAAUGUCAUGUUUGAAGGUAUUCUCCUUAAGCCAAGCAUGGUUACUCCUGGAGCUGAAUGCAAGGACAGGGCCACACCUCAACAGGGUGCUUUAAUGGCAUGGCUACCUGGGGGUAAUAGCUCAUCCUGUUUAAUCGACGAGGGCCAAGGAACAAAUCCAGUCAUCUAUCACUCCAGUAAUCAAGAAAUGAAGAUAAAAUACCAUCCAGGAUGCAUAGUGGCAAACUCGACCUUCCUCUACACAACGCUGCAUGAGGACUGGAAGAAUCAAAACUUAAAUUCUAUCAGCUGGAAGGAGUGCAUCAACAAGGUUGCAAGCCCUACUGGGCCACUGGCAGUGUGA